UAGAGUUUCAGAGACGCAAUUGCGUGCUUCCGCCGCUUCCGAUCCGAAAGCGCAGCAGUGAUUAUUACUAGAAUCUAGCAAAAGGGUACGUCUCGAAUUCCGACGCUCUCGGUACUCAGUGGACCGACGUCAUGAGCUUGCGGGAUGCUGGACAGUCGCUUUGGAUGUCGAUGCCGUCGUCGUACCACGACGUCCAGGCUCAUCACGUAGUCGUCGCGUACGCUGCAUGGAAUCUCUGGUCGUCCAGUCACCUCGCCGAACGUCUUUCCGACAAAGUCUUGAACUUGCUCAGUUCCUUUUCGGAACGUCUCGUGGGUUUGGUUCAAUUGGGACUCGUCCCGGACUUUUUGAUUCGCUUCGGCAUCCGCAUCCAAUUGCGCGAUCGCCUUGCGCUUCUCCGAUCGACGGAAACCACCGCCGAACAGGACGACAAGAUGCAGAUUGUCCGACAACUACACACCAUGCCUAUUGCGGUCAUGACUAAGGAAGCCAAUGAUCAGCAUUACGAAGUGCCGGCGCGCUUUUACGAUCUCUGUCUCGGGCCCUGCAAAAAGUAUUCCUCCGGACUCUGGCCGACGUCACGCACCACCUUCGAAGAAUCGGAAAUUCUCAUGCUGGAUUUGUACUGUGAACGUGCCGAACUCGAGGAUGGUAUGAGUAUUGUGGACUUGGGUUGUGGCUGGGGUAGCUUGACCCUGCACUUGUGUGCCAAGUAUCCCAACGCCAAAAUCACCUCCAUUUCCAACUCGCACACUCAGAAGGAUUACAUUCUCAACACCGCCAAGGCGAGAGGACUCAAUCACCAAAAUAUCAAGGUCAUUACGUGCAACGUCGCCGACGAUGAGGGCGCGCUACAGGUUGUCCGUGACAACGACCGGGUCAUGACGGUGGAAAUGUUUGAGCACAUGAAAAACUAUGACGAUCUCUUGCAGAAGGUGCACGGCUUUUUGAAACCCGGCGGCAAACUCUUUGUGCAUAUCUUCACCCACAAAGAUUAUACCUACCACUUUGAAGACGGUUGGAUGAGUCGAAACUUCUUUUCCGGUGGGACCAUGCCCAGUGACGAUCUACUCCUUUACUUUGCCAAGUCUUUUGCAAUCGAACAACACUGGCGCGUGAACGGAACUAACUACGAAAAGACUUCCAACGGCUGGUUGGCUUAUUUGGACCAGAAUUGGCGGAACGGAUCUCUCAAACCCGUUCUGACGGAAGCCUACGGCGUUGGGAGCGAACGGGAGUGGUACGUCAACUGGCGCCUCUUUUUUAUGGCCUGCGCCGAACUGUGGGGUUUCCGCGGUGGCAACGAAUGGAUCGUUUCGCAUUAUCUCUUUGUGAGUCGGUAA